UUCUGCGCAGUGACGUCAUAGCCAGAGAAGAUGGCGGCUGUGCUGAAGGCGGAAGCGGGGCAGUGCAGGCCGCCUUGCCUUGUGUGAGACUCAUCCUGCAUGGACUCGUCACCAUGAGCAACAAGGAGAUGGUUUCCCCGGAGACAGAGAACAAAGGACAGAGGAAGGUGUUUCUUCCCAACAAGCUGCUCGAGUGCCUCCCUCGCUCGUCCAGCCUGCCUAAUGAGCGGCUCAGGUGGAACACUAACGAGGAAAUCGCUUCCUACCUGAUAUCCUUCGACAGACAUGACGAGUGGCUCUCCUGCACCCUCAAAACCAGGCCGAAGAACGGCAGCAUCAUCCUGUACAACAGGAAGAAGGUGAAGUACAGAAAGGACGGAUACUGCUGGAAGAAAAGGAAGGAUGGAAAGACGACAAGAGAAGACCACAUGAAGCUGAAGGUCCAGGGCAUGGAGUGCCUGUAUGGUUGCUACGUCCAUUCCUCCAUCGUGCCAACAUUCCACAGACGAUGCUACUGGCUGCUGCAGAACCCAGACAUCGUGCUGGUCCACUACCUGAACGUGCCAUCCCUGGAGGAUUCUGGGAAAUGCAGUCCACUGCUUUGCGCGGUAGCCGACCGCCAUGACAGCGUACGCUGGAGCCGAGACGACCUGCUGAGCCAGCUGAGGCCCAUGUUCCACAGUAUGAAGUGUUCAGUUGGUGCGGGAGAUUUCAGUAUUGAGGAGUUGGUUCAGCAAAUCCUGGACCGACAAAGAACCAAACCACAGCCGCGCACACACACCUGCCUGUGUAACACUGCCCAGGUAUCAUCCGGAGUGAACAUUCCCCACCGAUGUAACAGCACCAAGCAUCGCAUCAUCUCCCCGAAACUCCCACCCUCUUCCUGUAGGCCAUCCGCCUCGCCGGUGUCCUCUGAGCUGGGGGAGGUGGGGAGAGGAGGAGCGGGAGGAGAAGCCAAACUGCCUCACCUUCAGGCUCAGACCAGCCCGGCCUCAUCUCCCUGCCCCUCGUCCACCUCCUCCUCCUCCCCGCCUCAAUCCCACCGAGCUGCUGUCACCAUGAGUAACAACGGUAACGGUUUCUACGGAGACCGCCAUGGCAACCUCACGACGGUGGCACUGCCACAGAAUGCAGUCAUUGUCAUGGCGACUGCUGCCAUAACAGGAGAGGGAGGAGGGGGCGGCGUGGCGAGAGCGGAGGAGGCGGGUUUGCGGAGGAGCCUGUCAUUCACCGGCUCUGGGCAGUUGCUGCUUUCCCCGGCCCUCCCUCCCCCAGGCAUCAAGCCCACCUCCCCUUCCCCUCCAACUUCCUCCUCCUCACCUGCCCCCCCUUCCCUCCCCCCGCCUCCUGUGCAGGCACCAGGCGUGACCACCCUCUCACUCACUCUUCUGCCCUCCCCGGUUAUUGGAGGCCUUCUCUUAACCCCGUCUUCCUCCAACACAUCCACCUCCCUCUGCUCCCCACCACCUCCUGCUGCCGCUGUCUCCCCACCCUCUCCCCCCUCCUCCCCCUCCCCCCCGCCGCCUCCCCCAUCCCUUCCCCCUGCCUUUGAUCCUGACUCGUUCCUCAACUCCCCCAAACAAGGCCAGACGUACGGCGGCCCUGUUCCUCCUCCUUCCUCCUCGUCCACCCCCAUCUCUUUCAUGUGCACCACCUCCUCCCCCUUCUCUCCCCCCUCCCUCGCUCUCUCCCUGUCCCCCACCUCCACCCCUCCAUCCUCUGUUUCCCCUCCUUCCUCACUGUCCUCCCUCUCAUCUUCCUGUGAAGUGGACAGGAGAGACUCAGUCCUCCCUCUUUCUGCCUCUCCUUCCUCCUCCUCCUCUUCUCCCCAAGUUCAGUCUACAAUGCCCCCCUCCCUAUCACUGUCUCCCACGUCCACUGUGGCCCCGCCCCUGCUGCCGCUCUGCUUGGAGCUCGGAGCUCUGGGGGAGUCGGAGGCAGUGAGGGAGGAUGCAGAAGAAGAGGUGAAGGACAGGAGAGGGGAAGAUGAUGAUGAUGAAGGAAGUGCUCCUCCCUCUAAACUCGCUCUCCUGCAGACAAACCAUGCCUCCUCCAGCUUGGCACCACGGCAACAGACCAUUAGCAGUUCUGCCUCCCUGCUCCUGGUGUGUCAGAGUGCAGCGACCCAGGCCUGCCAGCCGGCCAGUCAGACUUACCGACAGGCUGACGAGCAUCAGCAUCCGUUAAACCCCGGGCAACACUCCAGUCACCUGUGUAUACCUGAGGCCCUAACCCCAGCUCAGACAUCCCGUCAGCCCUUGUUGCUGCAGCAGCAGUCUUCAAUAUUUGCCAAUAGUGACGCUAACAUGGACUCCACACCUGCUGCUGUUGCCAUGGAUACUGCUAUCCAGGUGAAAGAGGAGAGCAGGCGGGGCUCCGACUCUGAGGACACCUGCAUGAACACUCAGCUGGAGGAGGAGGCGGAGCCCUGCGAGCGGGGAGGGGAGGAGCUUGACAUCUCCUUUGACAGUCAGUUUCCUGACCUCAUCUCUGACCUCAUGACAGAGGAGGCCAAUCCUGUCGCGGCUCAUUGCGCUGCCGUCUCCGCCGUGCCAAGCCCUGCCGUGUUUCCGGCAGGAGUCCGCUACGUCGUUCCUCCCCAGCCCUCCCCUUCCUCCUCCUUUCUCCCUUUUCCUCACCCGCUGCCCGCCUCCUCCACACGCCUCGCUUCCAUCACAGACUUCUCCCCGGAGUGGUCGUACCCCGAGGGCGGAGUAAAGGUGCUGAUAACAGGGCCAUGGAGCGAGCCGUCGGGUCGGUAUUCAUGCGUGUUCGAUCAGAGCACCGUCCCCGCCUCGCUGAUCCAGCCAGGGGUGCUGCGCUGCUACUGUCCUGCCCAUGAGGCCGGCCUGGUCUGUCUGCAGGUCCUGGAGUCUGGAGGUUCGGUUUCUUCUUCGGUCCUGUUCGAGUACAGAGCAAGGAACGCCAGCUCUCUGCCCAGCUCUCAGCUCGACUGGCUCUCACUAGACGAUAAUCAGUUCAGGAUGUCCAUUCUCGAGCGGCUGGAACAGAUGGAGCGCAGGAUGGUGGAGAUGGCCCGCGACAACCAACAGCAGCAACAACGGCAAAAUCAACAGCAGCACGGCAGCCAGCUGGCCACGCCCCCUCCUCCUCCACCAGAGGACCACGAACAGUCCUCUCAGUGGUUCGAAAGGAGGAUUGUGGGAGUGUGCGAGCGGAUGAUGAGGGGCGGUCGGUGGUCAGGGGGAGGAGGAGAGAGGCUUCAUCACUCCGUUCGUCACCGUGGCAUGACGCUGCUCCACCUGGCUGCUGCACAGGGAUACACACACCUGAUCCACACACUCGUACACUGGAGGAAUGUAAACAGCGACAGUCUGGACCUGGAACAGGAAGUCGAUCCUCUGAAUGUCGACCACUUCUCCUGCACGCCACUGAUGUGGGCAUGUGCGCUGGGCCAUCAGAGGGCGGCAGAGCUCCUCUACAGCUGGAACAGUCUGGCUCUGGGCAUCCCUGAUUCUCUGGGACGCUUGCCUCUUGCCGUUGCUCGCUCCCGAGGACACACUCGCCUCGCCACGGCGCUGGAGGAGCUGCACAUGCAGCGCACGCUCGCUAACGUGGUGUCCAGAGACGUGCACACGCCUCCAGCAGACACGCACACACCGCAGCCACCACUGUCCCCUCUCUCCACCAGCCCAGAUACAGGUCUGAGCUCCUCCAGCAGUCUCCCCUCCCCCAGUGACCCCUCUUCACCCUCCCCUAGCUCUGCUUACUCCAGUGGCCCCGCCCCCAUGGAGACAUCGCCCUCUUCCCCUUCGUCUCCUUCCUCCUCUUCCUCACUAUCUGUCUCCCCUCCCUCCCCCUCCUCCCUACCUCUGGAGUCCAUGUGGGGGGAGGAGACAAACACCACUUUCAGCACAGGUUUGAACCCUGGUGGUUCCAGAGACUCCCCCCUUCACCUCAUGGACUAUGAGAGCGUCUCUGCCAGUCACGCUCAGUCAUACAUGCACACGGCGAGCAGGCGGCGGUCGCACGCCACACUGGAGGAGCAGCUGCUGAGCUACAGUGAGAAUGCCGAGAACGAAGGCGAGGAAGAGGCGUAUCUGGAGGAGGAGGUGCUGCAGGUUGACAUGGCAACGCUAGCAGAGCAAAUCAUCGAGGCAACCCCAGAGCGAAUCAAACAGGAGGAUUUCCCCAGGGGGGCGGAGUCACCACUCCGAGAAAGGUGGGACAACCCGGCCAUACAGGACACCUGGCUGGCUACAUACCUGGAAACGGUCGACACCCACGCACACUCCCCUCCCAGGCGUGUGUGCCCCCCCUCACCACUCAGCGCUUUAGCCCUCCAGAGGCUCCGCCCUCCCUCUUCUGCAGCAUGGGCAGAAUUCCUCAACGCCUCAGCCAAUGGAAAGAUGGAGCGAGAUUUCGCCCUGCUGACGCUGACAGACGGCGAGCAGAGGGAGCUUUACGAGGCCGCCAGAAUCAUCCAGAACGCCUUCAGGAGAUACAAGGGUCGGAGGUUAAAGGAGCAGCAGGACAUGGCUGCGGCCGUCAUCCAGAGAUGCUACCGGAAGUACAAACAGCUAACAUGGAUAGCUCUGAAGUACGCUCUCUAUAAGAAGAUGACCCAGGCAGCCAUCUUGAUCCAGUCCAAGUUCAGGUCGUACUACGAGCAGAAGCGUUUCCAGCAGAGCCGGCGGGCCGCCGUCCUCAUCCAGCAGUACUACCGCAGCUACAAGGAGUAUGAGAGGCUCAAACAGGCACCAAGAGGCACCGCCUCCCACAACUCCAAGAUCAAGGGGUCGUUUCUGACAAAGAAACAGGACCAGGCAGCCCGCAAGAUCAUGAGGUUUCUGCGGCGCUGCAGACACAGGAUCAAAGAGCUGAAACAGACGAGGGAGCUGGAGAGGAGAGGACUGACCACCUAAACCAUUUCAACCUUUUCUCCUCUCCUCCAGCGGGGAGAGGGAUGACGGCGGGAACGAGAAAGCUCAGCAGGUUUAGUUUGAUGUAUACAAAGAGAAAAACCAAACGAGGAAACGACAGAUGGAGAGAAGGACAGUGACGGAGAGAUGCCUUACCCCACGCCAACUCUAUCUAUCUACUGAUCUAUCUAUCAAUCUAUCUAUCGAUCUAUGUCUUCUCUCCUGUUGAAUGUAGCUGUCUGUCUGCAGCUUGAAGCGCUCCGUUCGUAAGCAGCUCAGCCUCCAUGGGCUCGCUUCUUUGCCCUGAGCAGUGUCUUGUAGUGAGAUCCUGGCGGUCUUUUCUUACUCCUCAUCUGACCGGACAAUCAGAGCUUUCAGUCUAUAUUUACAAACUGAAGAUGAUAUCAGGAAUUGAUCUGAUCAGUGAGUUCACUGACAGAACAAAAUGAACUGUUUUUGUAAUAAAAUAAAUCAAGCUUUUUUUAGUAAAAACAGAAAAAAACAAUCCUCAGAUUAAUUGCUGAGGAUCCCUGUUAAUAUUGACCGCACUGCAUUUGUUUACCUUUAUAUUUAUUUAUUGAUUAUUUUCAGUAAAGUGCGGUGAAUAAAAACCUUCCUCACACUGCCAGAUUGAAAUCCUCUAUCGGGCGCUUCUUCCAACAGGUCUGCAGUUUGAUUUUUCCUUUCCAUAACAAUCAACAGCAGAUGAGUCAGAGACAGGAAGUUAAGGAAGAGCGCUUUGUUUUCACAAGGAAGCACACUGAGAAAGCUGCCUCCUGGGAGGCACAGCUCAGGGCACAGUGAGCCCACAUCCAAGUGUUGUUCUUUUGUUUUUUGUCCCAUAAUUCACUGCUGUUUGUCAUUUUGGGGUUUUUUUUAUAUGAGGGAUCGAAGGGACGUGUGAAUGUUUGAUUUCAGCUGCAGCACUUUUGAAUGGAGCUCUGCUUCUUUUGAAAUGUACAUGAUUCUAUCAAAGCUACUUAUAAAUAUAUUUAAACACAGCCACAUAUAGAAACAUAUAUACAUAUAUAUAUUCUAACGUUGGACUUUAUAGAUGCUCUGGAUGUUUUUAUUUAUUACAGCAUGAACUGUUCCUGUGAGUGUGAGUGAAUGUGUGAGUGUGAGUUCUGCACAGACUGUGAGGUCGAGUCUUAAUAAUCCCACCCCCCAGGCGACGGAAACUUUCCCCGAACCCUGACCUCUGACCUCAGUCAGAUGCUGAUUUUUCUGUUUUAGUGAGAAGAUCUGAUCAGAACACAGAAUUAAACAACUUGUUUAUUGUUUACCUUAAGUACCUUAGAGAUCUGGUUGUUGCUGCCUGAUCUAAACCAGAAGCUUCAUUUAUUCUUCACAUGUGCAAAAAGGGCUUCUUCCUGUUCCUGCCUUUCACAAUAAAGGCUCUUAGUGUAUCCACUUGCAGAAGAUGGACAUUGAUAAAAUGUAAAGCAGAUUGUAGAAACAAAAUCAAAUUUUAUUUUCAGGUUUAUUAGAUCCUAAACAUGUUAAUAUAUAUGUUAAUCAGUAUUCAUGUUGGAUUUAUUUGGCAGUUUUUAAGGAACCAAAUCUCAGAGAGAAGUCUGCUCCAGGUUUAGGGAAUAAAAAGUAGUAGAUUUGUGGAACACAGAGUCCGAUGUGGGGAAGUAGAACUUGCAAUAAGUACUGCCACCAAGGGAGUGGAGGGAUCCAGAUCACUUUAUGAAAAAACUCCACAAUUUCUCUGCUUCCUGUUUCGAUGUCUUCUACUGUACAACACCUGUCAAUUAAAACAAUGCAAUGAGUGCUUCACUCAUCAAGCACCUGGAUAAGACUUAAAGGGCCCUCCAUCCUUUAUCUUCCAUCUAUCUGAAUUCAGGCUGUGGUGGCAGGAGGCUCAGCAGGUAUUCUGGAUGUCCUUCCAGAUGCUCAACAGUCUAGUUCCCCCCAGGAUUCUCCUCCCAGUUGAGCGAUAAACCUUUAAGUAAGAUAGCAACACAGAUGCAGGUAGUAAGAUGUGUUUUUUUAAAUGAUUAUUAUUAAUGGUACUUUGAACUUUUAAGCACAGCCGCUUCCAUUUGAUCAAAUCUCACGUUAUUCUUCCUCUGAUGAGGUCAGAGGUCAGAUGGAGCUCCUUUCUCUUCCAUAUUUUAAUCUGUGCAGCAUUUUUAUUUCAGGGCAACAUUGAGGACAAAGUACUCUCCAAGUCCUGCUGUGUUUUUUAACGAUGUGCUUUUGUUAGGCGGACACUGAAGCGCCCGAGCAUGAGCUUUCAUUACGAGUUGUUUGCUCUCAGUUUUUCUUCUUCAGCCAUUGCAGUGAAGCUUUGCAUGAGUUUGUAUCGACUUGUUCUGCAUUUUAAACCUUUAAGAUGAAAUCAUUGUUGUAUGACUCAGAUGAUUAAAUCAACUGUUUGCUACUCGU